UUUCCCUGUAAGAAUCGACACCAUCACGGUCGCUGACGGCUGAAAAGAAACCAGACGACAACAAGAAGCGCACGAGACAUCCCAGACAGUGGGAAGCCUGCCUCAUUGUGUUGAAAGGCUCGUGAGCUCAGCUAACGUUACACUGGACUGGCUUCACAAAGAUUGACCGAAGCACUACCAUGCCUGUGGCCUCCACCAGGACAGAGCCUGUGCCCCAGAUGUUGGACGCGAUGAGUGACAGCACCAACAGCUCCACCACGGCCAACGACCUGGACCUCAUCUACCUCAAAGGCAUCAUGGAGAGCCCUCUGGAACAAGAGGAGAGCCUGAAGGAGCCGCGUCUGUCGCCAGUGAGGGAGAACAACGUGGAACUCCUGCAGGAGAUCCUCAGAGACCUGGACCCCUUCACACAUCACUCCAAUACUGUAGCUGAGCUCACCAGCAUACUCACACAGCCUCACUUCCAGUCUCUGCUGGAGACUCAUGAUUCAGUGGCGUCCCAAGCAUGUGAUAGCCCACCCCCCAGCCCAUGUGACUUUGUGGAUCAUGAGCCGGAGGGCGCCCAGAAACACAACCUGCACCCGCCUCCCGACGCAAUCCGCAUGGUGGGCAUACGCAAAGUGGCGGGGGAGCAUCUGGGUGUGACCUUCAAGGUGGAUGGCGGUGAGCUGACCAUAGCCCGCAUCCUCCAUGGUGGGAUGAUAGACCAGCAAGGACUGCUGCAUGUCGGAGAUAUCAUCAAAGAGGUGAAUGGACGAGAGGUGGGCCAGGACCCCAGGGUUCUGCAGGAGGAGUUGCAAGCAGCCAGUGGAAGUGUAGUUCUGAAGAUCCUGCCCAGCUACCAUGAAGCCAUACCACCAAGACAGGUGUUCUUUAAGUGUCACUAUGACUAUGACCCAGCCAACGACAACCUGAUUCCCUGUAAGGAGGCGGGCUUAAGGUUUGAGACCGGAGACAUCCUGCAGAUAGUCAACCAGGAUGACGUCAAUUGGUGGCAGGCCCGUCAUGUGGAGGGUGGUAGCGCGGGGCUGAUCCCCAGUCAGAUGCUGGAGGAGAAGAGGAAAGCGUUUGUCAAGAGAGAUGUGGAGCUGGCGCCUGCAGGAAAUCUUUGUACUGGUGUUGGUGGGAAGAAGAAGAAGAAAAUGAUGUAUGUGACCACCAAAAAUGCAGAGUUCGAUAGACAUGAGAUAUUGCUCUACGAGGAGGUGGCCAAGGUCCCGCCUUUCAAGAGAAAAACUCUGAUUUUGAUUGGUGCCCAGGGUGUGGGGCGGCGGAGACUGAAGAACAAGCUUUUACUGAGGGAUCCGCUUCUCUUUGGCACCACCAUUCCAUACACCUCCAGGAAGCCCAAAAAAGAAGAUCGCGAGAGUCGGAUGUACGCUUUCACCAGCCGCAGCAAGAUGGAAACCGACAUUAAAAACGGGCGCUUUCUUGAACACGGCGAGUACGACGGCAACCUGUACGGAAUCAAGAUCGACUCCAUACAUGAGGUUGUGGAGGCUGGACGCAUCUGCAUACUGGACACCAACCCUCAGUCUCUCAAAGUGCUGAGGACGUCAGAGUUUUUGCCCUAUGUGGUGUUCCUUCAGUCUCCAGACUUCGAGGUGCUCAAGGCGAUGAACCACUCAGCCGCAGAGGCAGGGGUGGUUACUAAGACACUGACGGAUGAAGAGCUGCAGAGGACGUGCGACGAGAGCUCCAAAAUCCAGGCGGACUACGGCCACUACUUCGACCUCAGCAUCAUCAACGACAACCUGGAUGAGACCUACCGCACCGUCAAGGCCGCCCUGGAAACGGUUUCUAAAAACCCCCAGUGGGUCCCCGUCACCUGGGUUUUCUAGAAAGAGAACAAAGGCACUGAAAUAUACUACUGUGUAAAUAAUGGAAGUUCUUAUUGAGAGUUCCAGAGAGAUGGAAUCUGACAAUAGCUGUAGCUUAGCAUCAGAAAACUCGUUGCAACCAGCUUUGCAUGACAAAUUAGAGUGUGUAAAUAAGACAUCCAUUAUUUAAACAGGAUUAUAUUUGGGCAGGGAGGUGGGGAAGGAGGGAACAGAAAGAAAAGGAGAGAAGGUGGAAAAGACAAAUUAAGUCCUUCAUCUCAGACAUUCACUGAUUUUACCUGGGCACAUCAAGGAGUGUGUGUGUGUGUGUGUGUGUGUGUGUGUGUGUGUGUGUGUGUGUGUGUGCAUGUGU